AGCCAGCAAGCCCCAUAGGCUUGGGAGCGCACCGGGCAGUGCCAGGAGGGCUCCUACCCUCAGCCCAGCACCAGCAGCCAGCGCAGCCUGCCAUCUCUGCCCCCCCUAAGAGCAGCCUCUCCUGCCGCUUUGUUUCAUUUGUGGAGCUCGGGUUGAUCGAAUUUGAUUUCGGUUUUUGUUGGGGGGUUUUUGCGCACCCCUGACAAACAAAGGAAGGAAGAAAAGAAAAAAAGGAAAAGGGGGAGGGGGCUUGAUUCGCAGAAGACAUGCGUUCAUUCAGGAAGAGGUGGACUGUCUGCACGAUAAGUAUCCUCCUGAUCUUUUAUAAGACAAAAGAAAUAGGAAGAACGGAGGAGCACCGGGGAAUACAACUCACCGGAGACAGUUAUAUGAGUUUGAGUAGAUCGAUGAUCAAUAGCUCUGAUAAAAUAAUUCGAAAGGGCAGCUCUUCAAUCUUUCAUCAUUCUGUGGAAGGUUGGAAAAUCAAUUCUUCUUUGGUACUGGAGAUAAGGAAGAAUAUUCUUAGAUUCUUAGAUGCUGAGAGAGAUGUCUCGGUAGUCAAAAGCAGCUUCAAGCCAGGAGAUGUAAUCCACUAUGUGCUAGACAGACGUCGCACUCUAAACAUUUCUCAGGAUUUGCACAGGCUCCUCCCUGAAGUCUCACCAAUGAAGAACCGCCGAUUUAAAACAUGUGCAGUUGUUGGAAAUUCUGGCAUCCUCCUGGAUAGUGGAUGUGGAAAAGAGAUUGACAACCAUGACUUUGUAAUAAGGUGCAAUCUAGCUCCAGUGGUGGAGUUUGCUUCAGAUGUGGGAACGAAAUCUGAUUUUAUUACCAUGAAUCCAUCAGUUGUACAAAGAGCAUUUGGAGGUUUUCGGAAUGAGAGCGACAGAGAAAAAUUUGUGCAUAGACUAUCUAUGCUGAAUGACAGUGUCCUUUGGAUCCCUGCUUUCAUGGUCAAAGGCGGAGAGAAACAUGUGGAGUGGGUUAAUGCAUUAAUCCUUAAGAAUAAAUUGAAAGUGCGAACCGCCUAUCCAUCACUGAGACUUAUUCAUGCUGUCAGAGGGUACUGGCUGACAAACAAAGUCCAUAUCAAAAGACCCAGCACCGGUCUCCUUAUGUACACCCUGGCUACCAGAUUUUGUGAUGAAAUUCAUCUGUAUGGAUUCUGGCCAUUCCCAAAGGAUUUAAAUGGAAAACCAGUCAAAUACCAUUACUACGACGAUUUAAAGUAUCGGUAUUUUUCUAAUGCCAGCCCUCAUAGAAUGCCAUUAGAGUUUAAAACUUUAUAUAUGUUACAUAACAGAGGAGCACUUAAACUAACAACAGGGAAAUGUGUACAGCAAUAAAGCACAUGUACAGUACAAUAAAAAUACCGAAUAUGCACUUCAUCAUAAAGAUGUUGUGAAAUGGCAAUGGGAUACCACAGAGGAUAUAUUUCAAUACCCAAUAAGCCAUUGGGAAAAGGAAGUUUAUCAGAAGUCCAUUACCAGCUAUUAUACCUGUAAAGUGCUAUAAAACGAAAGUUAUCUUGACUGCAAGGGUUCAAGUAAGUGCCACUUUUCACUAAGAACAAAGCUUGAAUGUAUAAUCAGUACUGUUUACAAGAUCCAAUGAUACAUUCUUCAUGAAAAAAAGAAGCAGCAAAUAGCCCUUUUUUACUGCUGACUUGCUACUGUAGUCUGACAGCUUAUAGAAGAAAUACCCAGUGGAUGGAAUCUGCCCAUGGGGAAAUAAAACAGCCUUUGGCAGAAGAAUUCUUGGUUGAAUUAGUAGAGAUGUGAAGUCUGUAAGAUCAAGCAGAUCAAGUAAAUGCCUUCAGUCAGGGGACUGUCUGACCUUGUAUUAUAACCUCAUCUUUUGUUGCUGGUUCCUUGUUGUUGUUGUUUGGUUUUUUCUUGCAUUUGGGUAUUGUAACCCUAAAGGGAUUUUAUAAGGAUGAUAUGAACAGUUUAAAGAAGUCAUCAAAUAGUUGUCUUAGAAGAAAAAGGUUAUUAUUGGGGGAAAAAAUCAAAUACUUUAACAAUCUUAAUUGUGUUGUAUCCGGUUGUUACACAAUUCCAAAACUCCAUAUCGUUGGAUUUUUUAAAUUUUUUGUUUGUUUUUUAGCUGUAGUUGUCAGUAACAGCUAAACAGAACCCUCAGAGACCAGUAUUUUUGAGCCAUUUUUAAAGAAAGUUUUGUCUGUUACAUGUCAAUUAGGGAAGACAUGUGUAACAAGAAGGUGCCCUUAUUUUUGGUACCAAAGAUACACUGAUUUUUUGUAUACAGCUACCUUUUUUCUUUUUAUGAAAAAACAUGUACAUUUAGUACUGUGUUGCUGUACUGCUGAGGAAAAAAAUGUUUCUGGGUAUUAUUAUUUACUGUAAUUUAUAUUGACUGAC